AUGGAAGAAAAUAUAACGCUUCUUUUAGAAAAUCUAAAUUUCUGUGAACUAUACAACUAUAUAGAUGCCAAUGAAAAUGAAAUCGAUGUUAUUGCUAAAUGCAUACAUCAUAAUCACCUUUUUAUUAUGGCUAAAAUUUUAGAAAAAUGCAAUAAUGAGAAAAAAAACAUAAACUUACUUAAUAAAAAUAUACUAAAUGAAUUCGAAAAUGAAAUUACAAAAAAGGACAAUGAACAAAUAGGUUUUUAUUUAAGAUUGUAUGUUUACCUUUUAUAUAAAGUUCUGCUUUUUUUCAAUCAAAUAUAUUACGAAAGAAGUAAAUAUAUAUCUGAAAUAUUUGUUAAUUUAUCGUUUAAACUUUUGAUUUUUUAUGAUGAUCAAAAUUUUGUCCCAUCCAUCCUUAAGGACUUGAUUAAAAAAAUACGUAGAGAAGAAAAUGACACGCCGGGCAAUAGUAGUAGCGAAAAAGAGUGUAAUAAAAAAUGUAGAUUCAAAAAAAAUGAUCAUUUUUCCUUUCAAGAACUUGAAAAAAACAUUUUGAACCUACACUUUUUUGUUAACUUACCCAGUUAUGUAUUUUUAAACUGCUAUUUAAUAUAUUUAUAUUAUAAUAUUCCGAUAGAAAACAAAGACAAUUUAAGAGACGAAAGAUUAGCCCAAAUCUAUUAUGUCUUGGGUAAAAUUGUUGAUAUUUUUGAAUCUUUUGACGAUCAAAAUAAUGAAUAUAUUUCAAACGAGCAAAUGCUAUUAUUUUUAUCCAAACAGAAAGAAAAUAUUCACACUCAGAAAUAUGAAAAGGACUGGAUUGAAUUUGUCGAUGAAAAUAAUAAUGUUACAUUAAUUUAUAAAAAAUGCAACAUACCAUGCAUAUUAUAUAAAACUAUUGAUAUACCAUUUAAUACAAAUACAUAUUUAUUAGAACAAAAUAAAUACUUACAAAAUUAUAAUAGUACAAAUGUUAAUAUAAAUAAUUUUCUUUUGCUUCUUAAAAUUAUGUCCCCUUAUUUUUUACUGUGGGUAUCGAAGAAAGACGAAGGACAAGAAAAUUUGGAUCCAGAUUAUCAAAAUAUAUUUAAAAUUAAUCUACAAGAUGAAUUAUAUAAAUUUAAUUAUUAUUUUGUAUAUGAUAAUUUAAAAAGUUAUAGCAUUAUUAACGAAACUAUUUCAUCAUUCUUUUUCUUUUUUUUUUUGUUGGGGACCAUUCUCACGUCUCUACCGAUUGAUAAAAUAAAUAAUGUCAAUGACCAAACAAAUAAGCACAAUUUGAUUAAAAAAUUACUAGACAAUUAUAUUUCCUUUUUUAAAAAAAACCAUAAUAUACCACGUCGAAAAAUACACAAAUUAGUAAUACAAAUUUUGAAAUGGGGAAAAGCUGAUAUUUCUGAGGCAAAAAUAGAAGAAAUAUUUUUGAAUACACAGCAAAAAAAAACAGAUACAAACAUAGUAGACACAGAAAGUUUAUUUCCUGAUUAUGAUAUACUAAUUAAAAAUACAAAAAAUAUAAUUAUUAAAUUAAAAUGCUUAGCAACAUGGGCAUAUAUAUCCUCUGACGAUGCUCAUGAAUUAAAUUUUUUCCACCUAUCCAAUUCGUUUAUUUUUAAUUGUAAAAAUGAUAAUAGCUACAAAUUUACAAAUCUACUAAAUGAAUAUUUAUAUAAAAAAUAUAAUUUUUUUGUCUAUAAUUCUAUACUUUUUAAAAACACAUAUGAACAUAAAACAUUGAGUUAUAAAUAUAUGGAUGCAUUUUCUAAUUACAUUUCAAAAAUCAUUCUUUCAAUCAUUUAUACGAUAGUUAUUUUUUGUGACCCAAUUCAAACAACUCAAGAUACAAAAACAAAAAAUGAAGAAAGUAAGCCUAUUCUUAAUGGCAAUCCGUCUCAAUGGACUUUGUCCUAUUUAGACAAAUUUGAAAAGGAAGCUGAAAUGAAAUGGGUAGAAGAAAAUAUUAUACAUUUUUCCAAAACUAUAAAAUUAUCAGAAAGAUAUGAAUCUUUUUUUAAUGAUAUACUUUUUAUAUGCUUUAAAAUGAUAAACUUUCCCAAUAAAAAUAUUCAAAAAAAUUGUAUAUCUACAAUUAAAAUUAUUGUAUCAAAAAUAAAUAUCGAAAAAAAUCCACACAUUAAAUAUAUUAGUAAAAAAAUAGACUCAUUGAUUUCUUUCAUAAGUGAGGAUGAAGAUACUAUUGCCGGAGAUAAUGACAAUGCUACUCAAAAUGAAGCUAUACAAAUAUACAUAUUUAUAAAAUGUAAAAUUAAAAAAGAAAUAAAUAUAAAUUUAAUCGAAUCUUUGGAAAAUUUAAUAAGCAUCUUAUCCUUAAAAAAAAAUAAUAAAAUAUUAUGUUCUUCCAUUUCCAUAAAUAUAUUAGCCUCAUUUUAUUAUCAGUCACUGUUAGUACCAUUUUUAUUACACAAAUAUAUCAACAUAAUCUUUUAUUUAAUCGAAUCCAAUAAUAUAAGUAUUAUAAUAGACGCCUUAAAAUGCUUAUAUAUUUUAUUUAGAAUAAAUAAGGAGCAUAUGAAAAUAUAUAACUACGAUAUAGUAUAUAGAUUACACUUAUUAUUUAAUGUUUUUCAAAAAAACAUUCUAACCAAUUCUCAAAUUGAUCAAAUACAAACAGGUAUCCCUAAUAACGUAACAAUAUUUUUAUCGAAUUUUUUUUUUAAUUAUGUAGACAUUGAAAAAAACAGGGACGAAAUAUUAUUACAUAUUAAACUUAUUCUACAUUGCAUAUAUGCAUCAACCCCCCAAGAUGAAUAUAAUACAAUGAUUAGUAUUUUCGCACACCAUCCAAAAGAGUUUAAAGAGCAUUCCGAACAAUUUCAAAUAUUUUCCACAUUCGUGCGAUAG